GUGCCACUGGGACUAGGGCGGGGCAGAGCCAGGAGCAUCGGACACGGGCCGAGGGAAUUCGAGCUUCGCAGGUUUGCUUGCUUGGCAGCAAUUGAGUCUCCUUGUCAUGGCAACCAUUGUCCCGGAAAAACUUACCCGCCUUUUCAUUAAUGUGCAGCAGCUUUGGCAGGUCCCCAGGCUGCUGGAAAUGGCGUUCCCCUCGCCUCCCUGCACCGUGGGCACCUCAGAUGUGCCUAAGGUCUUCUGGAAACCCUACAUUCACACCGGCUACAGACCCCUCAACCGGACCUGGAAGUAUUACUUCUUGACGCUUUUCCAGCAGCACAACGAAGCUGUCAACGUCUGGACUCACCUCGUGGCUGCUCUGAUCCUGCUGCUGAGGUUCCAGCGGCUUGCCCAGACGGUGGAUUUUGUGAGCGAUCCUCAUGCCCAUCCCCUGUUCAUCAUUGUCAUUGCUUCUAUCACCUACCUAACCUUCAGCUCCCUGGCUCACCUCCUCCAGGCCAAAUCAGAGUUCUGGCAUUAUAGCUUUUUUUUCAUGGACUAUGUGGGAGUAGCCAUUUACCAGUACAGCAGUGCCUUGGUGCAUUACUACUAUACCAUUGAGCCAGACUGGCAUGCAAGGAUCAUGGGGUUUUACAUGCCAGGAGCUGUUUUGCUAGCGUGGUUAUCCUGUGCAGGUUCCUGUUAUGCUAAAUAUAGAUACCACCAACUUCCUCGCCAUCUGAGCAGGCUGUGUCAGGAAAUGCCCAUGGGCCUGGCGUAUGCUCUAGAUAUUAGCCCAGUAAUUCACCGGCUCUAUACAGCUCAGCCCUCCGAGCAGGCGGAUCCAGCCCUUUUAUACCACAAAUGCCAGGUGUUGUUUUUCCUUAUCGGUGCUUUUUUCUUCUCAUACCCUUAUCCAGAGAAAUGGUUUCCUGGGAAAUGUCACUUCUUUGGGCAGGGGCAUCAAAUCUUCCACGUGUUUCUGGUGCUGUGCACCCUGGCCCAGGUGCAGGCAGUGGCUCUGGACUAUGAGUCAAGGAGGGAGAUCUACACCAGUCUGCACGGUGACCAGACUCACAAUUUCUCUGCCCUGUGCUUCUUCACCAUAGCCUGCUGCCUCCUCACUGCCGCUUACAUGACCAGCAAAGUGAAGUGCAAACUGAACUGCAAAGGAGAAUGAAAGCUGUGGAGGGGAAGCUCCUGAUCUCUCCCAUCCUGGCUGUUUGAGGGGAUGCCACCAUAACAAUCUGGCUGUGGACUGUAGUUUAAAGAGUGAUGGAAUGCUUGGAAAUGUGCUAUUGUGAAGUGAUCUGCAAAGGGAAAAUGCUGGGAGUUUGUGCUCUUUGGGGUUUUUUAUGAUGUAUAAAGAAGACCUGGAAAGGUGUAUGUGUGUAUAAGUGUUAAAACAUUUUCUUUUUCUACUUACUUUCUGCCUUAGAAAUUCAGGUCCUGUCUUUAAAAGGCCUCAAUGAAGAGCUGAGAGCAACGCUCUCUUUGCUAAAUAUGCAUCCUGCUGCCCUGGCAUCUACGGGCUGAGAAAGCUGACUUGCACAGCUGAGAUCCUAAGUGAGUCUUCUAACACAACCAGGAGUGGCCAGCUCUGACAUUCCUGAUAUUUCUCAGGCAGAAGUUAAGACAGAAAAAACAAGUCCAGCUUGUCUUUACAUUUUGCAGAGAAGCAAACAAGGGGACAAGACAAACAUUUUUUUUCUGUUCAGGUCACUUUAUUUAGCACAGUAACUUUACAUGGCACUUUACACACAGAGAAAGACAUGUGGCCUGCCCUUAUCAUCUAAAUAAGACAAGAUACACUGAAGACAAGGCCCUGUCAGGAGAGAGGAGGAGGUUAUCAGUAAUGAUGAAGAGGAGAAGGGAGGAAGGAUAGCUGGAAGAAAUGGGUUUCUAAGUGGGAUCUGAAGGAGGAAAGAGGCCAGUAGGCCACUGAGAAGAGGGAAGCUUUGUCUAUACUGGCCCUGUACCCCUAAAAAUUCCUUCUGUUGCUACCACUGGUGCAGUUCCAUUGCAGGUAGCAGUAAUGUGAGUGCUACUGUAAACGAAAUACCGGUGUUUUAACCACUGUUUUGCAGACCUGAUCUGGGUGAUAAAAACACUGGCAGCCAGUCUAUACUACAGCUGCCACCACUGUCACUACACCAGCGUUGGCAACAGUGGUAAAGAGAGACACUCCUGUAAACAUAGCCAGAGUGUGUCCCAGGCACGGGGGCGCAUGAAUGCAGAGGUGAAUCUGCGGGUGGGAAAAGGAGCAGAAGGAAGGGGACAUGCGAGCAGUGAGAGAUAGGUGGGGGGCGAGAUUGGUGAGUACAAGGAGCCUAGAUUCGAUGUGGCAAGAGAUGGGAAAGAUUCAAGAUUGGGGGGGGCGGCUGGGCUGAAGCAGCUGGAGUGUGGUGGAGGGCAGGAAGAUGACUUUAGCAGCAGCUUUGGGGACAAACUAGUGAGGAGAAGAUGAUUGUGUUCAAAGGCAGGGGGAUUCAGCUGGGGGUGUGGGCUGCAGCAGCUGGGAUAAUGAAAAAGGGCCGAUGUUAGUGACGAAGCAGUGAUUGAGAUUUAGCAAGAAUUUGGCUAUGGAGGAGAAAGAAAGCCAAGGCAAAGAUGAUCCAAGAUUCUGGCCUGGGA